AAGCGGUGUCCACGCGCCUGGGGGCAGAUGGAGGCCACCCCUCGGGGCGUUUCCGGCUGACCCGGCCGUUUGAGGACCGAGGCGGGGCUCCUGGGCGUUGCCCUCACGCUGCUCCCGCCUCCCAAUUCCAUCCUCUUAGGACUCCGCCCUUUCCCGCCAUCCGCGUCGGAGAGGAAGGCAUGGCCUCCGGACUUCAGAUGGCCUGGUUGCAUGGACUGGUGGCUUUUGAAGAUGUGAGCCUGGGUUUUGACCCGGAAGAGUGGGAACUGCUGGACCCUGAGCAGAAGUCUCUGUACAGACAAGUGGUGCUGGAGAACUACAGGAACCUGGCCUCCGUGGAAUAUCAGCUUUCCAAGCCAGAGGUGGUGUCUCGGUUAGAGGAGGAGGAAGAGCUCUGGUCGGUGGAGAGAGGAGUUCCUCAAGACACCUUUUCAGCUCUGCCUGCCCCGGGCCCCACCUGCCCUCCGGAGACCCCCGCUCAGCAGGAGGAGAAGGAGGAGAAGGAGACCACCUGCCCAGCAGAGGUCCUGCCAGAGGAGCCAGUGACCUUCCUGGACGUGGCCCUGGACUUCAACAGGGACGAGUGGGAGCUGCUGGACCCCACGCAGCGGACCGAGUACCACGACGUGAUGCUGGAGACCUUCCGACACCUGGUCUCCGUGGGCUGGGAGACUACACUGGAAGGGGAGCAGUUACCCCCAAAGUCAGCUCUUCCUGAGGCAGAACCAGCCCCCAACCUGAAAGUGGAAGAGCUCUCGGGGGCUGAGGCCCAACCCUCGACCUCAGGGGAGGCCCCGCAGCGGGGGGCCCUGGCAGUUGGGGACCCGGCAUUGCCGCCUGUGGGGCCGGCCCAGGAGGAAGCCCUCUCUGAGAAGCAGCAGCAUAAAAGCCCCAAGUCCCCAGCAGACAGGGGUCUCGCCACAAGCCGCGCCUCCCUCCGGAAAACUCUGCCCCGGAAAAGCUUGCGCAGGCAUAGCUCACGCAGGCACAGCUCACGCAUUCGAAAGGCAGCGCGUGAUUCCCAGGUGAAAACCCAGCAGAGCCGCCAAGGGAGCAGAGCCCGGGAAAGCAGGAGCACCCCGCAGGUCACGUUUAUCCAGAUCCACAAGGGGAGCCAGGUGUUCCGCUGCAGCGCGUGUAGCAAACUGUUCCGGAACCCCAGGUACUUCUCCGUGCACAGGAAAAUCCACACGGGAGAGAAGCCCUACGUGUGCCGGUACUGCGGGAAGGCCUUCAUCCAGAGCUCCUCCCUCACGCAGCACCAGAGGAUUCAUACUGGGGAGAGGCCGUUCAAGUGUCGAGAGUGUGGGCGGACCUUCAAUGACCGCUCGGCCAUCUCCCAGCACCUGAGGACGCACACCGGAGCCAGGCCCUACCUCUGCAAGUUCUGCAACAAGACUUUCCGCCAGAGCUCCCACCUCAUCCGGCACCAGAGGAUCCACACCGGGGAGCGCCCCUAUGUCUGCGACAGGUGCGGGAAGGCCUUCACCCAGAGCUCACACCUCAUCGGGCACCAGAAGACGCACAGUGGGGCUAAACGCAAGAGACACCGAUCUAGCGCUAAAGCCAGUUGAUGAGGCGCUGCCGUCUCAGCCCAGUCCUGCAUCAGAACCGGAGCGGUGUGCUGGGACUCAGGCCUGACCCCAAAGCACUGAAUGACGGUGUUCUCAAGACCAAAGGACCUCCAGGGCCCCGUCCUGCACACACAGGUGACGUGGGCAUCGUCGAUACUGAAUUUGACAGCUGGAAAACAGAUCUAGUUUUUUACUCAAUGGAUUUGCAGUUAUGAUUUGGUCAUUACAAGGGAUGUUACUGAAAGCUAAGUGCUUACAGUGAAGUGGGUGCACUGAUAUUUUUAGUAAAGUAUUUAUGUGUAUGAACAAGGACUAAAAGAGAAGAUGAAUUAAGUAAACUAUAUUUCUGUGGUA